AUGGAACAGCUGGAUUUCCUUGUGGUGGCAGAUGCCCCUCCUCACACACUGUCUGUCUUCCUCUCCAGAGACCUCAGUAUGAACAACAUCAGUCAGCUGCCCCUGGGUCCCCUGCACAACCUCCGCUUCCUAGAGGAGUUACGUCUUGCUGGAAAUGCUUUGACAUACAUCCCCAAGGGAGCAUUCGCUGGCCUUUACAGUCUUAAAGUUCUUAUGCUGCAGAAUAACCAGCUGAGACAGGUACCCACAGAAGCUCUGCAGAAUUUGCGAAGCCUUCAAUCCCUGCGUCUGGAUGCCAACCACAUCAGCUACGUGCCACCCACCUGCUUCAGUGGCCUGCAUUCCCUGAGGCACCUGUGGCUUGAUGACAACGCUUUGACGGAAAUCCCUGUCCAGGCUUUCAGAAGCUUAUCAGCACUGCAAGCCAUGACCUUGGCCCUGAACAAAAUACACCACAUACCAGAUUAUGCCUUUGGAAACCUCUCCAGCUUGGUAGUUCUGCAUCUCCAUAACAAUAGAAUUCACUCCCUGGGAAAGAAAUGCUUUGAUGGGCUCCACAGCCUAGAGACUUUAGAUUUAAAUUACAAUAACCUCGAUGAAUUUCCCAUUGCAAUCAGGACACUCUCCAACCUUAAGGAACUAGGAUUUCAUAGCAACAAUAUCAGGUCAAUACCUGAGAAAGCAUUUGUAGGCAACCCUUCUCUUAUUACAAUACAUUUUUAUGAGAACCCCAUCCAAUUUGUUGGAAGAUCUGCUUUUCAGCAUUUACCUGAACUAAGAACACUGACUUUGAAUGGUGCUUCACAAAUAACUGAAUUUCCUGACUUAACUGGAACUGCCAACUUGGAGAGUCUGACUUUAACUGGAGCACAAAUCUCAUCUCUUCCUCAAACCGUCUGUGAUCAGUUACCUAAUCUCCAAGUACUGGACCUGUCUUACAACCUAGUAGAAGAUUUGCCCAGAUUUUCAGCUUGCCAGAAGCUUCAGAAAAUUGACCUCAGACAUAAUGAAAUCUAUGAAGUUAAAGUGGACACUUUCCAGCAGUUGCUGAGCCUCCGAUCUCUGAAUUUAGCUUGGAAUAAAAUUGCCAUUAUUCACCCCAAUGCAUUUGCUACGUUGCCAUCUUUAGUAAAGCUGGAUCUAUCCUCCAACGUUCUGUCAUCUUUUCCUGUAACUGGGUUACAUGGUUUAACUCACUUAAAAUUAACAGGAAAUCAUGCCUUACAAAGCUUGAUAUCAUCUGAAAACUUUCCAGAACUCAAGGUCAUAGAAAUGCCUUAUGCUUACCAAUGCUGUGCAUUUGGAGUAUGUGAGAACAUCUACAAAAUUUCCAAUCAGUGGAAUAAAGGUGAUAACAGCAGUGUGGACUAUUUCCAUAAGAAAGACACUGGAAUGUUUCAAGUUCAAGAUGAGCGUGAUCUUGAAGAUUUCCUGCUCGACUUUGAGGAAGACCUGAAAGCCCUUCAUUCGGUGCAGUGUUCACCUUCCCCAGGCCCCUUCAGGCCGUGUGACCAUCUGUUCGGUAGCUGGCUGAUCCGAAUCGGAGUGUGGACCAUAGCAGUUCUGGCACUUUCUUGUAAUGCCAUGGUGACCUCAACGGUGUUCAGAUCCUCUCUGUACAUUUCUUCCAUAAAGCUGUUAAUCGGAGUCAUCGCAUUGGUGAACAUGCUCAUGGGCGUCUCCAGCACUGUGUUGGCUGGCGUGGAUGCCUUCACUUUUGGCAGCUUUGCACAACACGGUGCAUGGUGGGAGACUGGCGUUGGUUGCCAAGUAAUCGGUUUUUUGUCCAUUUUUGCUUCAGAAUCAUCUGUUUUCCUGCUUACUUUGGCAGCCUUGGAGCGUGGGUUCUCUGUAAAGUGUCCUACAAAAUUUGAAAUGAAAACUCCUUUCUCUACCCUGAAAGCGAUCAUUCUGCUCUGUGUUCUGCUGGCUCUGACCAUUGCCGUGGUUCCCCUGCUGGGUGGCAGUGAGUACAGUGCCUCCCCACUCUGCCUGCCCCUGCCCUUUGGGGAGCCUAGCACCACAGGCUUCAUGGUAGCUCUGGUCCUACUCAACUCUCUUUGCUUCCUCAUCAUGACCAUUGCCUACACCAAGCUCUACUGCAGUUUGGAGAAGGGAGACCUGGAGAACAUGUGGGAUUGCUCUAUGGUGAAACACAUCGCUCUGCUGCUCUUCACCAACUGUAUUCUCUACUGCCCUGUGGCUUUCUUGUCCUUCUCCUCUUUACUAAACCUCAUAUUCAUCAGUCCUGACAUAAUCAAGUUUAUCCUUCUAGUGAUUGUGCCACUUCCUGCGUGUCUCAAUCCUCUGCUCUACAUCCUCUUCAAUCCCCAUUUUAAGGAGGACCUUGGGAGCAUGGGAAAGCAAACCCACUUUUGGAUGAGAUCGAAACACCCAAGCCUGAUGUCUAUUAAUUCUGACGAUGUCGAGAAACAGUCUUGUGACUCAACCCAAGCCUUGGUAACCUUCACUAGUGCUAGCAUAGCCUAUGACCUGCCUUCUGAUUCCGGGACACCACCAGCUUAUCCCAUGACCGAAAGCUGUCAUCUUUCAUCUGUGGCAUUUGUCCCAUGUCUCUAAUUAACAUGGGUGGGGACAAUUUUCAAAAAUUAGAAACCUGAAAAUGUGAGACUGAGGACAUCAAGAGCAGUAGCUAAAACGACUGAGUUGAAACUUGGUUUAAUAGCCAAAAAAAAUCUCUGUCAGUGUGAAAAAGCUGAAACCUAUUGGUACUUGAGAGUGUAUUAUAAACCUACACGCUGCUUGUAGAAUUCAUUCAGCUAAAACGUAGAUCAGUCGCAUGAUUUAUGUCACCCCAGAUCCAAAAAGCAUACUGAAAUGUUCUUCCAAAAAAGGUUCUCCAUGACUUUAAUUCCAUUCUCCAAGGUAGUCGUUUGGGGUGGGAGAACUCGCUUUCAAAAUGGGUUUAUUUAAACCCCCAACUUCCUUAAAGAUGGUUAGUUAUUAGGAAAAUAUAGGUUGUAAAUGGCCUGUAUUACUAAGUAAAUGUUGUGAACCAUAAGAUUUCAUUUUAGUGACCAUGUGGAGAUGUUUUAGUCUUCUAUUGCAUUUUCCCAGAAAGAAUCCAUCCAAGUCACCAUAUCUUUAAUGUGUAAAGAUUGUAAGGCAGUAUUAACUCAUUUGUACUCAUAUCAUUUUUUAGAGAUACUGGAUUUUAUGACAGCAUUCAGUGGUUCCACGCCUCCUCUUCCCAGUGGAAUAAAACUGGUUACAAAUAUUUUGAAAGGAAACUUAACAGAAAUUCCUAAAUUGCUACUAAGGCAGUCAUGUGCUGAUGAACUUUGUCUUAUCUCAUUCAUUUUUAAUUAUUUUGCUGUCCAUAGCUCAGAAAGAAAGUUCAUUGCUGGCAAUGGACAUAACCUAGAAAAGGUAGCAAUCAAUGUGGGAUAUUUUAUUCCUGAGUGAAUACACAUUUUUUGCAAGAGGUUUUAUUGUUAAUUCAAAUUGAUGCAUAUCUUAAGAUAAUGAUCAAAUACAGAUAUGACAUAAAUUAAGUCCACUGAUGUAACUUCUCAAACAUGUUUCUCUAGAAUUUUAGCAACUAUGUAUGACACCACUUUGGACUCUGCAGGACUUGGGAACAUACUAUCCUGUUUAUUUAGCAUGGUUCAGCUGUGUUCUUUCUGGAUCAACCACUUGACAUGAGAAACACUACUUCUCUGCUUAUUCCAUAUCAAUACAUGUGUUUGACAAUUUUAAAAAUAUGAAAAGUCAAAGGAUUAAUUCUUAACUUCUAUUAUCCUACAUUGGCUUCAUUACGCCCAAACAAAAAGGCUGUUAGGUAGAUUUAUUUUUAUAUAAGCAUGUUUAUUUUGAUCAAAUGUUUUAACUUGGAAGUGAAAAAAUACAUUUAUGAGAUGUUUUAUAAGAUGUGUAAAUAUAGAACUGUAUUUAUUACAGUAAAGAUUCAGUGACAUUAAAGAUAAUAAUAAACCAUGUACAGUGGCAUAGUCUUCCAUAUAUAUUGUGUUUCUCUGCCCAUUUUCCUUAAAUUCAUUAACUGUAUACAUGUAAAUAUAUAGUACUUGUAAAUAGGUUCCAAAUCUGCUUUUAUAUUGGGUACAAAAUAAAUUUGUAAUAAAAUGUGUGACUGUAAAACAAAA